CUGGGCAACGCUGUUCCUCAGUGGCAGUGGCAGUAACACGUGUGGUGGUGUGUGUGUGGCCCUGUGUCCAGCUGUGGAGGGUGUAAGGACAAAAUGCGGCUCCUAUCCAUCAAAGAACACCCCAGUGGCCUCAAGGUCGUGGUGGCAAGCAAACUAUGCGGGCGGCAGGUGGAGGUGACACACAAACCAGAUAUACUGGAAGGGGCAGCCCUGGAGGUGAGUGAGGCUGGGGUGAUAUUCCGUCUUCAGGCCAACAGUGCUGUGUUGUACUUCCUCCCUGAGACUCAGCAGGGUGGCAGCAAUGACGGCAAGAAUGAUGCUGAGGUCUGGCUGGAAUGGGAGGCAAGCCAGCUUCAGCCAGUUCUGGUGCCUUACCUGCUGUCUGUAGCAGGAGGUCGGGAGGAUAAGGAACUAAGGGCAGCCCUGCAAACCCUGUUGGCCACACUCACCACCUCACACCCUCUCAACACCAAGGAAGUGAAUGCAGCAACGGUAGUGUUAUUUUGCUCACUGGUGCCCCUGCUGAGUGAGACGGUCAGUGCCACCCUUCUGCAGGAACAGCCAAAUCUGUUGGCGUACCUCACCACCCUCAAGGAGGUGCCUUCCUUUAAAGAAUGUGUAGCCUCAUGGUGGAAUGGUGGCACCAGUACUCUAAAGAAUUGGGUGGGUUGUACUACGCCACCACCUUGCUCUUCCCACUCCACCUUGGCACUCCUCAAGGGUUCACCACCUGCCACCCCUGCCCGGGCAGCUCCUCCCAACCCUGCUGACCAGAGCAAGCCAGUUCGAGCGACAGUGUCACCAGAAGCAGUGAAAGAAGCUGAGCAUUGGUGGCAGCAGCCAUCCAAGGUCUGUCCUGCCCCAAGGAACCGGAGUGCUCCCAUCUUGCCUAUUGACGGGGAGAGCAACAUCUUGGUGACUGCCGCUUUGCCGUAUGUCAAUAAUGUGCCUCACCUUGGGAACAUCAUUGGCUGUGUGCUGUCCUCAGACUGCUUUGCCAGGUUCUGCCGGCUGCGUGGUGACAACAUUCUCUUUGUGAGUGGGACGGAUGAGUAUGGCACAGCAACAGAGACCAAGGCUAUUGCUGAGGGGCUCACCCCUAAGCAGAUCUGUGAUAAAUAUAAUGCCAUCCACUCAGAUGUUUACCGUUGGUUCAACAUAUCCUUUGAUUAUUUUGGGCGAACCACAACAGAGCAACAGACACAGAUCGCCCAGGACAUUUUCAACAAGCUGGAUGGGAACAAGUACAUCUGCCAGGAGUCAGUGGAGCAGUUGUUCUGUGCCAAAUGUCAACGUUUUCUGGCUGACAGAUUUGUGGAGGGGACGUGCCCCCAUCCAGGCUGUGGGUAUGAGGAUGCACGAGGGGACCAGUGUGAUGCUUGCGGCAAGCUGAUCAAUGCCAUGGAGCUGGUGCAGCCAAGGUGCAAACUUUGUUCCAGCACCCCUGAGGUAAGGUCCUCUAGUCAUCUCUUCCUUGACCUGCCCUCCAUUGAGCCAAAAUUGAAGACUUGGCUGCCUAGCUCUGCCCCCCAGUGGACUUCCAAUGCCCAGGUCAUCUGUGAUUCCUGGAUCAAGGAUGGCCUCAAGCAGCGCUGCAUCACCCGUGACCUUAAGUGGGGCACUCCAGUCCCCAAGGAUAACUUCAGAGAGAAGGUCUUCUAUGUUUGGUUUGAUGCCCCCAUUGGUUACAUCAGCAUGACUGCCUGCUACACAGACCAGUGGCAGCAAUGGUGGUUCAAUCCUGGCCAAGUGAAAUACUACCAGUUCAUGGCCAAGGACAAUGUUCCUUUCCACAGUGUGGUAUUCCCAUCCACCCUGCUGGGGACUGGUCAAAACUGGACCAAGGUGACCCAUCUUGUGGCCACAGAGUACCUCAACUAUGAGGACACAAAGUUUUCCAAGAGUCGUGGCAUUGGCGUGUUUGGUGAUCAGGCAGCCUCUACUGGCAUUCCUAGUGAUGUGUGGCGCUUCUACCUUCUGUAUCUUCGUCCUGAGGCACAGGACACAUCCUUCUCCUGGGUUGACCUACAGACCAAGAAUAACAGUGAACUGCUCAACAACCUUGGCAAUUUUGUCCAUCGAGCAUUGACCUUUGUUUUCAAGUUCUUUGGAGGAGCCAUUCCUGCUGUUUGUCCUUCCAACCAGGACUUUGAGGUGAUGGCAGCCAUCAACAAGGAGCUGAGGCAGUACACCUCAUCACUUGCCUGCAACCACCAGCGUGACGGCCUGCGGGCAGUGCUGUCUAUUGCCAGAAUUGGAAAUCAGUACAUUCAGGACCAAGAGCCAUUCAAAUUAGUGAAGCCAAACCGGCCACUAGAGGACAGGGAGCGUGGGGCCACAGUGACAGCCAUAGCAGCAAACAUUGUGGCACUGGUGGCCAUUGUCCUGGAGCCGUACAUGCCAGAGACAUCAGGACGCAUCAAGGACCUCCUCGGUAACCCACCACAGCUCAGGUGCCUCCCUCAGGCCUUUACUCAGUUCCUGGCAAGUGGGCAUGUCAUCAAGGAACCUCAGCCUCUCAUCACACAGCUGGACACUGAACUCAUAGAGAAGUUGAGUAAACAGUUUGGGGGCGAGACCAAAGCUCCUGCAAAGAAAGAGGUAAACCCUGCAGAGGUGGCUCAGCUCCAGGCACAGAUCGAGGCUCAGGGUAACAAGGUGCGUCAGAUGAAGGCAGGAGGGACAGCAAGCAAAGCAGAGGUGGCAGCAGAGGUGGCCAUACUGAUCAGCCUCAAGGGACAGCUAGCCACUGCACAAGGGAUUGAGCCAACUCCAGCAGGUGAUAAAGACAAAAAGAAAAGCAAGAAAGGAGGUGGAGGAGGAAAGGAGAACAUAAAACAAUCUCCUGCUACUGCUCAGCCACCUUCAAGUACUCCAGUUGAUGAAGCAGAAGUGAGCAGGUUACAGGCUCUUAUCACACAACAGGGUGAUAAGGUUCGUGCUCUGAAGACCAGCGGUGCAUCUAAGGAGGCAGUGGGCCCUGAGGUGGCCAUCUUGCUGGACCUGAAGCAGCAGCUGGCUGCUGCUCAAGGAAUUGACCCAGCCAUCCUCUCUGGGAAAGACAAAAAGAAGAAAAACAGACGUGAUGGCAAUGUAGGCUGUUCCUGUGCUCUGUGACGUAAGAAAGGAGAACCAGCUUCAGGAAUCAUGAUGGACCACCAUACAUACACUUGAGUACAUUCAGGGGCAGGGCAGGACAGGGCAGGUAGUAAUAAUAAUAA